GGCCCGCCCAUUCGACCAGCACUGAUCUAGGCUUCUUCACCCGAGCCCGCCGGCUGCUUGCUGCUGCGGCUGCGCCUCCUGGUUCCCCGCGUCACCGCUGCCGCCAUGCCCGGAGGGCUGCUUCUCGGGGACGAAGCCCCUAACUUUGAGGCCAAUACCACCGUCGGCCCCAUCCGCUUCCACGAUUUCCUGGGAGACUCAUGGGGCAUUCUCUUUUCCCACCCACGGGACUUUACCCCAGUGUGCACUACAGAGCUUGGCAGAGCUGCAAAGCUGGCGCCAGAGUUUGCCAAGAGGAAUGUUAAGUUGAUUGCUCUUUCCAUAGACAGUGUUGAGGACCAUCUUGCAUGGAGCAAGGACAUCAAUGCUUACAAUGGUGAUGAACCCACAGAAAAGUUGCCGUUUCCCAUCAUCGAUGACAAGAACAGGGACCUUGCCAUCCUUCUGGGCAUGUUGGAUCCAGCAGAGAAGGAUGAAAAGGGCAUGCCUGUGACAGCCCGUGUGGUGUUCAUUUUCGGCCCUGACAAGAAACUGAAGCUAUCUAUCCUCUACCCAGCCACCACUGGCAGGAACUUUGAUGAGAUUCUCAGAGUAGUUAAGUCUCUCCAGCUGACAGCAACAAAACAGGUUGCUACUCCUGUUGAUUGGAAGGAUGGGGAUAGUGUCAUGGUCCUUCCCACCAUCCCUGAAGAGGAAGCCAAAAAACUUUUCCCUAAAGGAGUCUUCACCAAAGAUCUCCCAUCUGGCAAGAAAUACCUCCGUUAUACCCCACAGCCUUAAGUCUUUGUAGAAGUUGGGGCUGCAGCUGCUCUGGCAUGGUGGACCUGAGGAUACCAGCUGACAGUCAUGUGUCCUUAUGUAGUUUCAUAGAAACAUCCUAGCGUGGUCACAGCCAAAGUCGUUAGGUCACUCACUAUACCUCUGACUCAUUAAAUGGAAAUGGCACCAAAACUUUCUUGGGAUUCUUUACUCUGUGCCUUCUUCUCAGGGCUCUGCUGACAGGCUUUCUCUGAAAUAAACUCUGGGUUGGAGACUCAGAUCUUGUUAGGUGCCUGCAGGGUUUGUGAUCAGCAAGCUAGAUCUGGUGUCUGGGGGUGGUAGAGGAAACUCACUUAGCCCCAUGGUAGAAUGGUUCUCACAUUCUGUAGCUUCCCUAAUUGGAUUUUCUGUUACCCAUUUUGGAGAAUAUUAAAGUGGAGGGAAAUUUUCAAGUCUGUACUUUUAGUAGGUAACAAACUUGGGGACAGCACGGGGAAAGUUCUAUUUUGCUAUAAGAAAUCUGUGGUGAGUUUCUAUCAAAUGGAGGCUCAGAAGAAGCUUCCUUUACCCUGCCAAGGAGGGAGGUGCACCCAAGAGUGUGAGCAAGACAGUGCGUGUGCCUCCUGGUGUUUCCUGUCAGUCUGCUCUGAUGAUACGUGCAUGUGAGCACACCAUGUAAAGACAGGUGUGACAACGUUUGUCCUAGUGGUAGGUUGCCAUUUUCUGAAUUCUGCUUUUUGAGGUUCAACAAAUAAAAUCCUUUGUUGAAACUGGA